AUGCACCAAGCAUAUAGUAGCACAGAUGGGCCGGCGGGCAGCGGUUUUCAGUCGUUGUUAGACCAGAUCGAUCAACUCCGGGAUCUAAACCUUGAGAAACAUGUCAAACUCCCUGAGCUUGUGGUGAUAGGCGAUCAGAGCAGCGGCAAGAGCUCUGUCUUAGAAGCUCUCUCAGGUUUCCCACUGCCCAUCGAUGCUAAACUCUGUACUCGGUUUCCAAUUAGGCUGUCGCUUCGACGAUCUGAGUCCACCUCUUAUCGCAUGAAGGCCGGAGAUUGGAGCGAGAGUAACUUCAAAUUUCACCAAAUUCCAGCCCUCAUCGAAAAGGCAAGCGCUUCGAUGGGCAUCACACCCGACAAGGAAGGCUCCGAUGUCAAACAGUUCAGCGACUGUGUCCUGAAUAUCGAAGUUCAUGGUCCUGACCAGCCGAACUUCACACUUCUGGACCUUCCAGGACUCUAUCCUUACUCAACCAGCGAUCAGAAUGACCUCGGUCGAGAGCUGGUGGAGAAACUAGUGGAAACUCAUAUCGAAGACGGGAAAAACAUCCUCCUCCUGGUUGUUUCGGCUGCUUCAGCAAUCAACAGUUACGUGACACCCCGGAAGGUUCAGGAAUUCAUACCGACUUUGGAACGAACGCUAGGAGUCAUCACACAUCCAGACCAGGCAUACGACAAUGAUAAAACUUUCAAAUUGGUGAGAAACGAGAACAUGAAAUUGAAACUCGGGUGGUGCGCGCUGCGGAACCGGUCAAGCGAUAAGCAUGAGAAAAACGUGGAUCUGCCAACAAGAACGAGAACAGAGGCAGAGUUCUUUAACCAGGGAAGAUGGAGAGACAUCCCUGAAGAGAAUAAGGGCAUCGCAGCGCUACGAACUAGGCUGGAGCGGGCAGUAUUCCAACACAUCAGGUCACAUCUUCCGAACUUGAUGACCGAAUUACGUCAAAUUCAAGCCAGGGUCAAGCAGUCUCUGGAUGCAAUGCCCCCUCACUUUGGAACUAUUGAGGAACAGCGAGACUAUCUCAAAGGCAUGGCCAGGAAAUUUGAGAUCCUUGUCCGCAAUGCAGCGAACGGCACAUACACGGAUAAGAACUUCUUGAGGUUUUUUGGCCUCUCCGACAAGGACCACGCGGCAAGGCAGAUAAGCCGAUUACGCUCAAACAUUAGAGAGUUAACGAGAAUUUUCACUGUCACAAUGGAGCUGUGCGGGAGAACGAGCGACAUUGUCGAAGAGAAUAAAACAGUCUCUUGCACGAACGGAACACUCUCCGAACUUUAUGAAGUCGAGUCACCUGAAGACAUAGCAGGCUGCGAAGAAGAGAGGGAUUAUGAAGUUGAGAAAUCUGAUUUGACUGAAGCGAGAAAGCCCGACCUUUUGAAGAGUUCAUUCUUGCCCAAGAACACUGUGAAGAAGUACUGGGAUCAUGGCCUGCCAGAUCCAAUGAUUAGGAAAAGGUUUGAAGAAAAAGCGGCUCACACUAUGAGAUGUUUUCGGGGGAAGGAAGCUCCUAGCGAAUUCGCAGAAGGACCUAUGUCCGUGACCUUCAUUCAAGAAACGGUUAAGUGGAGCAAAAUCACCGACACGCAUUUUGAGGAGGUUUGGAGGGUGACCGAGGAACUGAUCGAGGAAGCCCUCAGUCAUUGUGUCGAUGAGUAUGUUUUGAUGUCUUUGAGAGUGACAAUCGUGCAGAAAAACCUAGAAAGCCUCCGAGAACGCGUGCGAGCAAAAAUCGACGACCUGUUGCUUUGCCAUCAAGGUGGAAACCCGGGCUUUCUUAACACGUUCUCAGAUUUCAUGCGCGAAGAGGAGAGUGAGACCACCAAUACUACCGUCAAUGAGAAGAUAUCCCAAGGUGCCAUGAUCGACACCGCGGAGGAUAUAUUUCAGGUCGUUGGCAUGCCUUUCAUGAACGGGCUCGUGAAAGUUCUACGAACAAAGUACGUAGGAGACACGCUGAAAGAUGUGGUGGAUUCACUUUCCGGUCUUCCAAAAGAAUGCGAAGAACAGGUCGUUCAAAGCAUCCGAAACUAUUUGCACAAGCAAUAUUUUUCACGGGAAGAGGAAGCUGCUGCUGCCCGUAUGGUAGACCAGUUCCAGCGAUAUUACAAGGUAAAGCUCGCUUGA